GGCAGGAGCGAGCCGUGCAGGGGGACGCAGGGGACGGCCGCCGGGUCAGCGAUUCCCCCCAUCUCCGGUGAGCCUGGGGAACGUGCAGCUCAAAGCCGCCGCCAGCCACAGCACCAUGUACCCCGGCAACAAGCGGAAAAAGCUCUGGAAGGAGGAGAAAGAGCGUCUGUUGAAGAUGACCUUGGAGGACAGACGCAAAGAAUACUUGAGGGAGCAUGUUCCAUUGAAAGACAUUCCAACAUGGAUGGAAGAAAUGAGAAGCAAGAACCAAAGUGACGAUGAAAACACUAAGGAAGCUUUGCAGGUGAAGAAAAGUCUGAGUGAGAAGGUUUCUCUCUACAGAGGCGACAUUACAUUGCUUGAGAUUGAUGCUAUAGUUAAUGCAGCUAAUUCCAGUCUUCUUGGAGGUGGAGGGGUGGAUGGCUGUAUACACAGAGCUGCUGGGCCCUGCCUAGUUGCUGAAUGUCGCAACUUGUGUGGCUGUGAGACUGGACAAGCUAAAAUUACUUGUGGAUAUGACCUGCCUGCCAAAUAUGUCAUUCAUACUGUGGGACCAAUAGCAAGAGGCCAUAUCAGUGAUACUCAUAAAGAAGACCUGGCAAGUUGUUAUAAAUCAUCCCUGAAACUGGCAAAAGAAAACAAUAUCAGAUCAAUUGCAUUCCCCUGUAUUUCAACUGGAAUUUAUGGUUUUCCAAAUGAGCCUGCUGCUGUUAUUGCCCUUACCACUAUUAAGGAAUGGUUGAACAAGAAUCACAAUGAGAUGGAUCGUGUCAUCUUCUGCGUCUUUUUGGAGGUUGACUACAAAAUUUUCAAGAAGAAAAUGAGCGAAUAUUUCUCCACAGAUGAUGAUAAUGAAGAGGAGACUGAGAUAAAUGAGGAUACAGAGGGAUUGGAACAAAAAGCCCAGUCACCAUCUCCCAUGAAGUGCAAAGCAAAGAAAUCUGAGAACCUGAAGGAUGAUAAUGAGGAUGAUAAUAGCAGAGAAGAGAAGCAAAGUAAUGAAGAAACUGAGGGCCAGAGCCAAGAAGCAGAUGAGGCAAAACAUACAGCUGUACCCAGCCCACCAUCAGAAGAAGGGAUAGAGCUGUGCGAGGAUAAAGAUUCCUCAAAAGAUUCCAAAGCCACACAAGAGAAUGACCCAGCACAUCAUGCAAUGUGUGAAGAAGAUCAAGAUGAAGGACCACAGGAUGUUUCCACAAUUGAUGAAAUGAAAACUCAGACAGAUUCCCAGAGCUCCUGCAUGGAAACAGAAGAGCCCCUGGCAAAUAAAGAGGAUGCAAUCAAGGUUGAGAAACCAAUGACUCCUAUAGUAGAUGAAAAUAAAGAAGAAAGCAAAGAAGAAGAGAGAGGAGAAGCACAAGGGAAAGGGAAGCUAUCUGCAGAGGCAAUGACAGUUGAAAAUCCGUGUGACACAGAAAACAUUUCAAGUAAUGAUGCUGAAAUGAAUAGUCAGGUUGAAAGUAUAAAUGAACAUUCAGAAAUGCAGCCGGAAGAUUAACAAAUAGAGGAACAAUAUGAGAGAAGAGAACAAUGAGGUGAAACGUGAACGGCAGUCAUUAGCAUUGUAUGGCAUCAUUCUAACUAUCGGCAGAAAGCGCAUCAGAAGGUGCCCCAUGGGAUGGGAGGGGCAGGGAAAUAAGGGAAAAUGAAUCUUUGUUUUAAUUCCUCUUAAUUCGCAAUUGCAUUUUGUUCUGUAAACCUGUUUUUUCUGAAAAAGCUUCCCUACUUUGGUCAUGAUGUCCCACUUCAAACAAUCUUUUGCAUUGUCCUGGCAAUUACAACAACUUCUAGGUCCUGUGUAAUAUUGGAGAUGCUUAUUUCCCCCCCUCUAUCACUAGCCUCUGAAUCUCAUUUCCCAAUGAGGGCACAUCAUCCAAGCAACUGGUGGGAAUGGGAUUUUUUUUGUAUUCUCUGGGCAGGGCCGGCUCCAGGCACCAGCUGAGCAAGCAGGUGCUUG